AGACAAAACUGGAAACCAGCAGCCCCCUGUCCCUUAAUCAGGCUUCCCAGAUGCCCUUCCCGUCCUCGUGAAUGUCUGUUAUGACGGACGCCCUUCCACGCGAUGACAGAGAGGUUGUUUACAUGUAGAGGAAAAACACGGCAGCCUUUACUGAUGAAGUGUUUGUCUAAGGGGUUGCAGGGGUUCGUGGUUCUCCAAGUGAUUCAAAAGCAAUAGGUGAGAGAAGUUGUCCAGUGUUUACUGGAGCAUUUUCCUUCCACUUUUUGUGUUUGUGGAAUUUCCUAGUUUCCAAAGAGCAAAGGUCUCUUCUGUGGAGCAUCUGUGGAUUCUGGCGAACACUGCAGUAGCACAAAUCUCUUCCAUCUUGAAAGAUUUUUUUUUUGUUUUUUCUUCCAUGGCAGUGAGUGAGCAGUAGCGAUUCAGAGAGAUGAAUUCUUAAUGAGUCAAACCUUUCUCAGUAUCCCUGAGAAGUCGGCUGUGAAGCUGCUGGCUGCCUGUGCUGUCCUCACCCACAGAAUCUUGGAAAAGCUAGAGGGAACUGACUGUAGCCAGUCACACAAAGGUGACACGACCCGUCAGCGAAUCAAAUUCAGUGAUGACCGAGUGUGCAAGAGCCACCUUCUCAACUGCUGCCCUCACGAUGUGCUCUCUGGAACUAGAAUGGACCUUGGAGAAUGCCUCAAAGUGCAUGACCUGGCAUUAAGGGCAGACUAUGAAAUAGCAUCCAAAGAUCAGGAUUUCUUCUUUGAGCUUGAUGCAAUGGACCACCUGCAGUCAUUUAUUGCAGACUGCGACCGGCGAACAGAAGUGGCUAAGAAAAGACUUGCAGAAACUCAAGAAGAGAUCAGUGCUGAAGUUGCAGCUAAAGCUGAAAGAGUUCACGAAUUGAAUGAAGAAAUUGGCAAACUGUUGGCCAAAGUAGAACAGCUUGGAGCUGAUGGGAAUGUGGAAGAAUCUCAAAAAGUAAUGGAUGAAGUGGAGAAGGCUCGGGUAAAGAAGAGAGAAGCAGAAGAAGUAUACAGGAAUUCUAUGCCUGCCUCUAGCUUUCAGCAGCAGAAGCUACGGGUUUGUGAAGUGUGCUCAGCUUAUCUUGGUCUUCAUGACAAUGACCGACGACUUGCUGAUCACUUUGGAGGAAAACUACAUUUGGGAUUUAUUGAAAUAAGAGAGAAGCUUGAGGAACUCAGGAGGAUUGUGGCUGAUAAACAGGAGAAACGAAAUCAGGAACGUCUGAAACGUAGAGAGGAGAGGGAAAGAGAAGAAAGGGAGAAACUAAGGAGGUCCAGAUCCCACAGCAAGCAUGCCAAAAGGUCUAGGUCCCGAGAUCGCCGCAGACACCGCUCUCGCUCAGCCUCGCGGGAACGGAAGAGAAGGACUCGAUCCAAAUCCCGUGAGAAACGCCACCGCCACAGGUCCCGCUCCACCAGCCGCAGCCGGAGCCGCAGCCAUCACAGAAGCAGGCACAGCUCCAGGGAGAGGAGCCGAGAACGCAGCUCCAAAAAGAGAUCCUCUAAAGAAAGAUCUUCCAGAGACAAAGAGCGUUCAAGAGACCGGGAUAGAACAUCGCGUGAUAAAGACAGAGGCUCGAGGGAGAGGUCACCGCGGGAUUUCAAAGACAAGAAACGUUCCUACGAAAGCGCUAACGGCCGAUCGGAAGAGCCCAGGAGCUCAGAGGAGCGUGAAGCAGGGGAGAUAUAACUGGCUGUAUAUUCACCUGAUCUCUAGCUUCCUAUGGAGUUGCAUACUUUGGUUUAGUUUACAGUUGUUCAAAGGGACACCGGUGAGCAGUUCCAACACUGAUCCAACUAGGGUAGAUGUACAGUAUAUGAAAGUGGUUAUAACAAAGUCAUAAUUAAACCCCGUGAAUUAAUGAUGCCUAAAGCUGGGUCCUGGACUUCCACCAAGUUGUAAAACUUUUCUGAAAGAUUUCUCUUUAUUCAGGACAACAGUUUUAUGUACCACAAUGCAGAUCUCAAUGUUUUUAAUCUCCUUUCCAAUACAAGUUAGUGAACAAAUUAUAUUGUACUACUUGCCUUGGGUGCUUUUGAACCUCUAUGAAUUCUCCAAUUCUGCUCCGGUCAAAACAGCAGCAUUGAAAGGUUGUAUUUUGGGGGAUUUUUUUUGUUUUGUUUUGUUUGCUUUUUUUAAGAGGGUGGGUGGAUGGAUAUUAACAUUUACUCUAAGAUUAUGUUCCCAGUAUUGGGUUUUAUUUUUGGUUGGGAUCCUAGGAGCUGAUUACAGUGGGGGCAUUUAGACAGGAACAUGUGCUGGAGAAAAGCGAAAAUGUCUUUUUACAGUGCCUAUUUAGACUUGGAAAUUGAACAGCUGUUGCAUUACAUCUUUUUUAUUUCUACUUAAAUUUUGAAAUCAAAGCCAGUCCCAUAUCUGUACCAUUUGAUUGGUAUGUGUUCAAUAUAUUUGUUUUUUUCCAUAAGGACUCUUUCUGCUUUUUCUUGUGGAGUUCAUCUUUAAUUGUAUUAAAACAAACAAAAAAAAAACCAGCAACAAAGAAAAAUUAAGAACAAAUGAAAUAAAAAAAUAAAAAGAAACCAUAUUGUCUAAUAACUUAACAAGGAUAUACUGGUCUCUUAAGGUGGUUAACUAGCAGUUCAGUCUUUUUAAAAAUACCUGACUAUUAGAGUUUUUAACGUACACACGUGCGCUAGGAGAAGCAGUCAUUCUGCUUACAAUCCUGAUUAUUCUAAAAUCAUCAAAAGCAGAAACAUGUGAAGUCAGAAUCACAUAGAACAGUUUGGGUUGGAAGGGACCUCGAUUCCAGCCCCCUUACUGUGGUCAGGGACACCCUUCUCUAGACCAGGUUGCUCAGAGCCCCAUCUAGCCUGGCUUUGAACAGUUCCAAGGAUGAGGCAUCCACAGCUUCUCUGGGCAACCCCUCACCACCAGCACUGCAAAGAAUGAAUUCCUAAUGUACAAUCUGAAUCUACCCUCUUUCAGUUUAAAGCCAUUCCCCCUUGUCCU